CUUUCCGCGUUUCUCUCUGGCAACCUCUCCCAGAACACACCGCAAUCUUGUCGUACCCCAUCCAUCGCGGGGUACUGCCCAGUUACCUCACCCGCCUAUCCCUCGCGUGAACUUCCCAUCCUUCCGACGCAAACAUGAGCGGCGCAAAGGUGCCGCGCAACUUUCGAUUGCUAGAAGAGCUUGAGAAGGGAGAGAAGGGGCUUGGUGCUGAGGCAUGCUCAUACGGUCUCGAUAAUGGCGACGACCUGUUGAUGUCGGACUGGAACGGAACAAUUCUCGGCCCACCCCACAGUGUCCACGAGAACCGCAUCUACAGCGUCAAGAUCCACUGCGGCCCUGAAUACCCCGACGUGCCUCCGGAGAUCUCAUUCACCUCCAAGAUCAACCUACCUUGCGUAGACCAGCGAAAUGGCAAGGUCGACCCAACGAAGCUGCCCUGCCUUGUGCAGUGGAAGCGGGAGUUCACUAUGGAGACAAUACUUAUUGAGUUGCGUCGGUACAUGGCCCUCCCCCAGCACAAGAAGCUUCCGCAGCCACCAGAGGGGUCGACCUACUAGAGAAUCGACGUAUAUCUACAGUUUAGCAGAAGAAUAGGGACCGUUUUGGUGAAUCACGCAACAAAUGAACACGGUCAAGGCUUUCGAGCGAGGUCAUGCAGUGCAUUGGUACGGAGUUACGGUCCCUCCCGGGUUGGUCUUGGAGCUAGCACUAGCAAGCAGAUGAAUUGAGUCGUCAAUCACGUCACUCCUCUUUGCAGCGGGGCCUGCGUGUACAGUGUUAC